AUGGGCUCUCACCCAGACAAGAAGCCAAACUUCCUCAUCAUCCUCGCCGAUGACUUGGGAUUUUCAGAUCCAGGAUGUUUCGGCGGCGAAAUUAGAACCCCCAACAUUGACCGAUUGGCCAGGGAGGGCGUGAGGUUUACAAACUUCCACGCAGCAGCAGCUUGUUCGCCAACGAGAGCCAUGAUCAUGACAGGGACGGACCAUCACAUUGCGGGAUUGGGCAACCUGGUCGAGUGGUCGAGAGCAAGUGCCCAGGCAGCGGGGAAGGGAAAGGUUGUGUCAACAGAGCCCCAACGCGGCAUGCCUGGGUAUGAGGGCUACUUGAAUGAGAAGGUGGUUGCGCUGCCUGAGAUCCUCCGCCAAGGUGGCUAUGAGACGUUCAUGUCUGGAAAAUGGCACUUGGGUAUGACCAAGGAGCGGUCUCCUACUGCUCGUGGUUUUGAGAGAUCAGUGGGCAUGUUGGCUGGGUGCUGCAAUCACUAUGCGUAUCGGCCACCCGGGUCCGAAAAUGACUUGCCGGGAUUUAUGCAGACUUCCCAUAUUGCCGUCCACUUGGAGGACAAUGAGUACCUGAAGAGCCUUCCGGAUGAUUGGUACUCGUCGGAUUACUACGCGGAUAAAAUGGUCGGAUAUCUCAAGGACAGGGCGGACCGAAAAGAGGAGCGCCCCUUCUUUGGCUACCUUGCUUUCACGGCCCCUCACUGGCCGCUUCAGGCUCCCCAGGAACUCAUACAACACUACAGAGGCCAGUAUGACGACGGCCCAGAAGCUCUUCGACAGAGCCGCAUGAAGAGGAUGAUUGAGCUGGGGUUGAUGGAUCCUAAUACUAAGCCCCAUCCCGUGGUAGCUGAGGAGGUGGCCGAGUGGGAGAACCUAUCGGAUGAAGAGAAGAAAAAGAGCGCCCGUAGCAUGGAAACGUUUUCGGGCAUGGUUGAGUCCAUGGAUAUCAACAUUGGAAAGGUAUUUGACGAACUAGAGAGACAAGGAGAGUUGGACAACACCUUUGUCAUAUUCCUUAGCGACAACGGUGCCGAGGGCGCAGCGUACGAGGCGUAUCCAAUGAUUCGCGGACCGCUUCUUGACCACUUGGACAAGUAUUACGACAACAGCCUGGAGAAUAUUGGCAACGCCAACUCGUUUGUUUGGUAUGGACCGCGAUGGGCCAUGGCAUCCACAGCCCCGUCAAGGCUGUACAAGGCAUAUCCAACCGAAGGCGGCGUUCGCGUCCCGGCUGUUGUUCGCUAUCCGCCAUUCGCGUCUCAACGCACUUCUGAUACUUUUGCGACAGUAAUGGACCUUGCACCGACUAUUCUUGACAUGGCCGGUCUCAGUCAUCCCGCUCCUCAGUGGCAGGGCCGCAAGGUCGUCGACAUGCGAGGCAAGUCCAUGGUACAGUGGUUCAGAGGCACCAAUGAAACGGUCCACGAAAAGGACUUUAUCCAGGGAUGGGAGCUCCUUGGACGUGGUGCCAUUAGGAAAGGAGACUGGAAGGCCGUCUUUAUUCCCAAGCCAAAGGGCACGGAGAAGUGGCAGCUGUACAACCUCAAGAAGGAUGCAGGCGAGGUGGACGAUCUCGCGGAACAGGAGCCCGAAAUUUUAAAGGAACUCCUAGUGCACUGGGACCAGUAUGUCAUGGAAAACGGCGUGAUUCCCAUGCAGCCAGAGUUGGGAGAGUACGUUGAGGCUCUCGAGGGCCAGAUGACAGAGAAGGGAUGGAUGGAGUACGAGUUUUGGCAUCCUGGUGCGAUUGAGAACCCGGAGCCGUUUAUUGUGAAGCCUCAGAGAUUCCCGAGUCAACGACCGAAGAAGGCGGCCUGGAUGGAGUUUUGA